AUGGCAUGCUCUUAUCGAAGACAGCGUAGAGACCCCGUCAGAUCACGGACUACCGGCCGCUUGAGGGCACUCUUGCCACGGUCCAAUGAUCACCCCGUAUCUGUUGCAGCAUCCGGAGGAGACACCCCGUUGCACACAAGAUCCAUGACUUUUGGUGUGGAGGUAAACCAAUUCAAAAGCGAAGUCGGCCCAAGAUGCCCAGGCCAAGAAUACCAACUCGUCCCAGGACCCCAAGCGGCCGGCCACUCGAAACCACUCUUGUCACGGAUGAAUGCUCACUUGGCAGCUGAUAUAGCUUCUGAAGGGGACGCCGCGCUGCAUCCAGAAUUCGAAUUUGGAUGUAGAAUGAUCCAUUGGGUGGUAUUUCAACGAUUUGACCCGGACGAAUUAGUUUACAAUGGUUUGCAGGAACGCUAUUGUGUGCCCCUCGAUCUUGUGGAUGGUUUUGGAGACUCGAUGCUUCAAGCUAUGAAGCAUUCACAACGCAUGUGUUUGAAGCUAGGCUACAAUCAAGACUAUCACAAUGCUCUGAUGAUGGCAUUCCCAGCGUUCGUCAUUCGAAUCUAUUACGUCGCUUACUUGGAUUUCCGGCCUUUCAAUCCUUUUACGCAUCUGUGGAAGUCGGACUUGUACUCCGAAGCCAAUGCCUCUCGCACUUAUCAUUGUUCAGAAUGA